AUGGGGAUCCAAGUUCGUCCUUCCCGCCCGAGAGGUCACCCCCACUGUGACAGCUGUUUCAGCCAGUACUGCAAGGCCCCUGUGGAGAUCUCGGUGUCAUGUGUGCUCAUCCCCUGCCGCCUGCUGUGUGGCGCCAUCUUUCACCUGUGCAAAGAGGAGGAGCAUGCGCUACUCUGCCCCAAUGAGAGGGUGCCAUGCCUAAACGCGGGCUUCGGCUGUCCAAUCAGCAUGCCCCGUUCCUGGCUGGCGGCCCACCUGCAGGUCUGUCCAGCCAGCGUGGUGUGCUGCUCCAUGGAGUGGAACCGCUGGCCAGCCGAGGACGCCCAGUCACACACACAUUCGGCCCUGCAGCAUAACCUAGUGAAGGAAGAGGAGGAGGGAGGAGGACACGGCGAGGCGCUGGACCUGGCCAUGGCUCUGAGAGAUCAGCACCAUUUGUUCCACUCCCUAAAGAUGAAGAAUCUCUUCCCUGAGCUGAUUGAGAGGAAGAGGCAGAUGUAUUACUACAGCCAGCUGGAGCCCAUGAAAAUCAACACAGUGAGGACCUUUAAGAUUCCCACCAGCUUCACGGCCAAACACACACGCAUCAGGAACCCCGGACACCGGAAGAGGGUGGACGCGGCCGUGGACACCAGCGACCUGGGGGUGGAGCCACAGGACAUGCCAAUCUGGGAGGAGGUGCAGGCCAGCCUGCUGUGUUCUCUGGAGAAGGAGCAGAGGGGUCACCUGAUCGCUGAGUCACAGUCCAGCGACGCCCUCCUGAGCGACACGGGGACGCAGACCUACGCCUUCCUGUCAGCUCCGUUCAGUCGUGACACUUCAUUGGCCAGUCUGACGGAGGACCGCCCCCUCCAGCUCCACCUCCAGCUGCAGGCGAAGGGUGUGACGGCCCGACACAACAAGUCUAGCUCCGCCUUCACCUUUCUCUGUGGACACACCUUCCAACGCAGAGAGUUCCCCAAACACUUCAGGAACGUGCACACCGACAUACAGAUGUGUGCUAGUGGCUGGUUUGAGCAGAGGUGUCCCCUAGCCUACCUGGGCUGCACUUACAGCCAGAGGAGGUUCCAGCCCUCCACACACACUGCCACUGUCACCUACAACAAAGAGCUUAGUAGCUUCAGCCUGAGACCCACUGUCCCUGCCUCUCUAAAUGAGGAGCCCCAAUACUCCAAAUCCCAGCCUGCUCCAGAACCAGUCUCAAACCUCAGGAGGCGAAGGUCGAGGGGUGGAGGAGGACGAGACCAGGACUCUCUGAGCACUCUGCCCUACGAGGUGCUGCACCACAUGGCCAGCUUCCUGGACAGCUUGUCCCUGUUCCAACUGGCCCUGGUGUCCCACCUCAUGAGGGAGGUGUGUUCCUCUCUGCUGCAUGACAGGGGGAUGGUCUCCCUCCUCUGGGAGAAGAAGACCUAUAAGACUGGCAUGGCCAAGUGGAAGGCCAAGAAGGUGGUGUGGCAGUUCAGUACACUGUUCUCUCCAGUGGAAGCAUGGUGUUUUGACAACAAUGUACCCUCCAUGUCAGACCACCUGAAGGUGUGCCCUUACUACGAGAUGGAGCCCAGGACCGAGCGUGUGCUCCUGCCUCACAUUGUCAACAACAAAAUGAACACAGACACACAAAGCAACAGCAAUAGUCUGGUCACCCUGUUCCAGAAGAAGACUUGA